UAAAGUAUUAAAUACAAUCAGAUCGAAAAUAUUGAUUUGUACGUAUAUUUACCAUUUAUGUAAUGGGUUUUAUAUUGCGUUGUUUAUAUUAUUAGUGCAAGUACCUUUUGUGCUUCAGCUAUUGAAAUUCACAUUAGGAAAGCUUCAAAAAUUUUGAACUUCUUUUUGAUAGUUACAAAAGACUUCCUUGAUGUUGUCGAAAACAGCCUUUUUAAAAGUGUCUAAAGAUUUUUCUUAAAAAUGCAAUUUGUUUUGACAUUUGUUUUUAUUUGGUUUGUCAAUGCUGUGUUUGCCAACGAAACAAUAAUCUUUACCAAUAUAACAGUCAAAAAUACAACAUGUCGUACUCUGGAAAAUUUAAAAUGUAAACCAGGUGUUGUCCUUCCAGUUUGGAAGAGUGCUGAUUCGGAAAGCAAGGCCGUAAUUGCCGGAAAAGCAUUUGUGUACUUAGUUGCAAUGUUUUAUUUUUUUCUCGGAAUUUCUAUUAUAUCGGAUAUAUUUAUGUCAUCAAUAGAAAUUAUUACUUCAAAAGAAAAAGAAGUAUUGGUUAGGGACCGGGUAACUGGUAAAAAACAUAGUGUGACAGUUAAGAUUUGGAAUGAGACAGUAGCAAAUUUAACAUUAAUGGCUUUAGGAAGUUCUGCGCCUGAAAUUUUAUUAUCAGUGAUUGAAGUAAUAGGGCAAGGUUUUAAAGCAGGAGAGCUAGGACCUUCCACUAUUGUUGGGUCUGCAGCGUUUAACUUGUUUAUGAUUACAGCCGUUUGCGUUGUCGUUCUUCCGCCUGGAGAAGUGAGAAGAAUUAAACAUAUAAAAGUCUUUGCAUUUACUGCAUCUUGCUCAAUGUUUGCUUACAUUUGGUUGUAUUUGAUUUUAUCCGUUUUUAGCCCUGGUGUCAUUGAGAUUUGGGAAGGUAUCAUAACUUUCUUAUGUUUUCCCGCCAUGGUUAUUGCAGCAUGGGCAAUUGAUAGAAAAAUUAAUUUUUAUCACCUGCUUCGAAAAAAAAUUCGAAAAGUUAAAAAACGUGGUCAAGCAUUUAUACAAACUGGAGAUGGCGAUGUUGUUGCAGUUAGUUUAAAAUCGACAAUAAAGCAUGACUCUAGUAAUGAUAAUGUUGAUGAAAAAGAUAUUGAACUUCUUCCACUAGAAGAAGAUGAUGACCCAUUAGAAAUCAUAAACGAUAAAAAAAAAAAAGCAAUGGAAGCUUUUCACCGAGCACGAACUAAAUACCCGAACGCCGACAGUAUUACAUUAAAAAAACUUAUUGAACAAGAAAAUAUUAAACUUCAACAUAAAAGUCGCGCUUUUUAUCGUGUUCAAGCGACUCACGCCUUAACGGGUCAAGGAAAUCUUUUAAGAUUAAAAGACCGCGAUAAUAGCAUAGAACUAAAUAACAAGAUGGAAGAAGUUAGUGCAUCACAAAAAGAUACUGUUUUAGAGAACUGUGUUCAAUUCGAACCAGACCAAUAUACCGUUGUAGAAAGUUGUGGACAGUGCUUUUUAACUGUAAAAAGAUUCGGAAAUGACUUAUCCGAUACAUUGUAUGUGGAUUACGAAACAUCUGAUGGUACUGCAAAUGAAGGAGAUGACUAUUUACCUGUGAAAGGUACGCUUGAGUUUAAGCCAAACGAAACAACAAAAAAAAUUUCCAUUACAAUUAUUGAUGAUGACCUUUUUGAGUUAGACGAACACUUUUAUUGUAAGCUGACAGCUAUUCGAUAUUACCAUGUUGCUGAUAAUACUCAAAACAAAAGUACUAAAACAACUAUUGGCAAGGCAAAUACAGCAACUAUAAUAAUUCUUGACGACGAUUAUCCAGGAAUAUUUACAUUCGAGCAUUCCAACUUUGAAGUAAUGGAAUCAGUUGGUGUUUUAACUCUUCGUGUUUUGCGAUUAAUUGGAGCCCGAGGCAAAGUCAGUAUACCAUACCAAACUGUGGAGGGAAGUGCAUUAGGUGGAGGAGCAGAUUACGAAGAUAGUAAAGGGGAAAUUGAGUUUUUCGAUGAUGAAACAAUAAAAACAGUUGAUAUUCCAAUUGUUAAUCGAGAAGAAUAUGAAAAGACUAAAACAUUUACAGUUAUUCUCGGAGAACCAAAGAUUGUUGGUAAACUAAAUUCAACCAUCACAAACUUAAGCAGCAUUAAAGAUGAUGAUUUAAGAAAAGUUCUUGAGGUUGGAAAACCAACUCUUGGAGAUCAUAAAGCUUGUGAAAUAAAAAUUGUGGAAAGCAAAGAAUUUAGGAAAACAAUUGAUCAAAUGCUUUCUGCAAAAAAUAAGAGUAUUCUGGGAUCAAGUUCAUGGGCUCAACAGUUUAAAGAUGCUUUUCAGGUCGAAUAUGGAGGAGAUGAAGAAGAAGGUGAUGAUGUUGAGCCUACAUAUGGAGAUUAUGUUAUGCAUUACUUGUCUUUUUUCUGGAAGGUCUUAUUUGCAUGUGUACCUCCGACAGAUAUUUGGGGAGGUUGGGCUUGUUUUACAGCUUCAAUUACUAUGAUUGGAUUAUUAACUGCUAUAACUGGAGAUAUAGCAUCACAUUUUGGGUGCACGGUUGGUUUAGCUGACAGUGUGGUAGCUAUUUCUUUUGUGGCGUUAGGAACUAGUUUACCAGACACUUUUGCUAGCAAAGUUGCUACCAUUAAUGAUGAACAUGCAGAUGGAUCGAUUGGAAAUGUAACUGGGUCAAAUUCAGUAAAUGUAUUUCUUGGAAUUGGAUUAGCAUGGUCAAUAGCAGCAAUUUAUCAUGCUUCAAAUGGAAACAAGUUUGAAGUUGAUCCUGGUUCGUUAGGAUUUUCAGUUAUGCUGUUUUGCUUAGAAGCGUCUGUAUGUAUUGGAAUUCUCAUGUAUAGGAGAUCGAGUAAAAACAUUAGGGCUGAGUUAGGUGGUCCCUCAAUCUCACGAUAUAUCACUUUUACUACUUUUCUUCUUCUUUGGAUAAUUUAUCUCUUAGUAUCUGGAUUGGAGUCUUAUUGUUAUUUUACAUUGAAAUUUUAAUUCUAAAAACUAUUUUAAAUUAAAAAAUCUGACCAUCAUGGUCACAGUUACCGA